AUGUUUCCACUCCAUUUUCAUUACGAAGAUGUAUCACGUCAGGAUCCGUUGCUCAAACUGAAUCACGCCAACGUUAUGGAAGUUCCUGGAUCGUGUGAAAUAAGAGUAGUACCAAAGGCACCCUAUGAUUUCAUAAUCAAAAAUGGAAAAUUGGCUAUGGAGAUUCCGCGCGGUCAGAAAUUCAUACAGACACAAAGGGGUUCGACAGGAAAGUCGUUUCGAUCCAAUCCAUUCUUGGGGUCAAAGAAAGACAAAGGAUAUGUCAGUGACCUAGCACGACAAAGCACUCUCCGAGGGCAUGGAAUGUCUCAUUUUUCGGUCAGAAUCUCGACAGUAAUGUCUCUGUUAGAUUCUCCGGUCGAAAUACGGGAAAACUCCAUUCAAUUCUCGAUGGAAACGGAGUUUUGCGAAUUCUCCCCGGAACUGGAAGAUCAUUUCGAGAUCUUCGAACAUAUUCGAGGGUUCAAUGUGACUAUUGUCACUUCGGCCAACACACAAGAUGAGACUUUACCACCGUGGAGCGGCUUUUUGCAAAAAGAUGAGGGAGAAACUCAGUAA